AUGGUAGGUGAUUCUUUGGGGGCCUCUACUCGCGUUGCAGCCCAGCUCUGUACCCCGACCGUGGCCGGGUCUCCAGAUCGCGUGCGACUGGCCGCAAGGAGGAGCGGCGGCAUGCACCCAGGGCGGGGAGGGGAUCGCGUGUUCGGCUGCUCGGCCCCAGCUUUGCGCCACCGGGCGGAUCCUUGGCUCAGUCUUCAGGUCUCCCACCGGCUGGCAAGCUUCGCCGCCUGCCCAGCUGCCCUUGCGCUUUUUCACCAAGCACCCUUUUCCACGCAGCCAUCCAGACUGAGGAAGACCCGGAAACUUCGGGGCCACGUGAGCCACGGCCACGGCCGCAUCGGAAAGCACCGGAAGCACCCUGGAGGCCGAGGUAAUGCUGGUGGCCUGCAUCAUCACAGGAUCAACUUUGACAAAUAUCACCCAGGUUACUUUGGGAAAGUUGGUAUGAGGCAUUACCACUUAAAGAGGAAUCAGAGCUUCUGCCCAACUGUCAACCUUGAUAAACUGUGGACCUUGGUCACUGAGCAGACUCGGGUAAAUGCUGCCAAAAAUAAGACCGGAGCUGCUCCCAUCAUUGAUGUGGUGCGAGCGGGCUACUACAAAGUUCUGGGGAAGGGAAAGCUUCCAAAGCAGCCUGUGAUCGUCAAGGCCAAAUUCUUCAGUAGAAGAGCUGAGGAGAAGAUUAAGGGUGUGGGAGGGGCCUGUGUCUUGGUAGCUUGAAGCCACUUGGAGGAAGGUUCAUUAAAUGCUACGAGUGCUUUU